AUGAGCUUAUUGAGUCUAUCGUUUAGACUUGAUAAUUGUCUAAAGAAUGUGAAUAUUUUGGGUGUUUACAAGCCACCUAAAACCCCUGUGGCAAAUUUAAUAACAGCUGUAGGAAAUGUGACAAGAGGUUGGAAAAUUGAUGACUAUUCAUUGGUGCUUGGAGAUUUCAACAUCCAGUUAAAUAGUAAAGAAUAUGUAAGGUUGAAUUCUGAAUUAAAUGGUAUGGAACAGUGCAUUCGGGAGCCUACUACUAAUGCUGGCACUACUAUAGAUUUUGUCUUUAGUAAUGUACCCUGUGAAUUGAACAAAUGUGGUAUCAUUGAAAAUUAUUUCUCAGAUAACAAAUUGAUAUACACUGUUAUUGCCUCGAAAAACAGUAUGGCAUUUGAUACACUAAAAUUAGAUGAGCAUAUAGUAAUUCCAAAAAGAAUUGUUGAAGAAAAAAAAAUUGAAUUCAGUGAACAGAAAUGUGCAAAGACGAUUAGCAGAUGUAAAGCUGGUAAAAAUGAUAGAGCUGUCAGUGAACAGAAAUGUGCAAAGCAAAUUAGUAAAUGUAAAGCUGGCAAAAAUGAUAGAGCUGUAAUACUUUCUGAUUUGAUCUGCUGUCGAGGGUUUGGUUAUUCCUUAAAAGAAACUGAUCUCAACACACUUGUUGGAAAAAACUGGCUAAAUGAUCAGAUUAUAAAUUUUUAUAUGAAGAUCUUAGAAAGGGAUGAAGAUUUGAGUGGAACAGAGAUAACUAUGCUAGAUACAUUCGCUUAUCUACGAAUUGAAAGCAACAUGCAAGCUGCUGUUGAUAUGUUUACAGACCAAAAUCUGUUAACGUAUAGUAAGAUAUUGAUACCAAUACAUACACCACACCAUUGGAGUUUAGUGGUUGUAUAUGUUGAUAGUAAAACCAUAAAAUACUAUGAUUCUGUGGUUCACAAAGAAAUCGGUUAUCAAUGUAUGAGAAAGAUGAAAGAUUUUCUGCUUAUGUUGGAGAGUAUCCAGCCUUCAAACUGGAUACAAAUAUAUGAAAAAGACACUACAUUGCAAUUAAAUGGAUAUGACUGUGGUGUUUGUACUUAUAUGAAUGCCUGGUUGGUAUUAGGACGUAGCUUGAAAGUUAUGAAUACAGAGCUUAGAACCGUUGAACAGGAAUUGCCAGAGAAAACUACUGCCAGUGAUGAUGAACGCCUAUUCAGUGAAGAAAUGGAGACUGACACAGUUAAUGAAAUGGAAAUCUUGAAACGUGAAUUGGAAGAGUUAAAAUCCCGAGUGAACCGUAUUGAAUUGAGCAUAGAACAGAUUUUGCCAUCACAUCCAUUGAAAAGAAGGAAAGCAGCUACCAGUAUCUGA